AUGUGGAAGCUUGAUAGGUAUAACACAGCACUCGUUUGCCACAGAUGGAGAUAUCUGGCGUGUCACCCUCGCUUGUGGCUACGCGUUGACGGUUUUGUGAAGGAUCUAUCCCAACCUGGAGUUUUCCAUAACAUUGAGUCGGCCGUAUCUGCAGCCAGACCUGGUGAUACCAUUUUGAUAGGAGCUGGUGGGAAUUUUCUCGUUUCUAAUAUUCAGAUUAAAAAGCCUCUUUGCCUGGUAUGUCUUAUCAUAUAUCAUAUGUCUAGAUGGACUUUGCAUAAUCGAGGUUCAGACAGUGCCCUGGAACUGCUAUCAACCUGCAAGCUUGCUAACUUAACAGUGAAAGCCGAGCUUGGUUGUUGCUUGCUUCACAGGAGUGGAAGGGUAACCACUGAUGGAUGUGUGCUUCAAUGCGAAACAAACCCUUUGGAUCAUCUCUCAUGCCCAAUCGUUACCACUGCUGGAGAUGAAGAAGAAGAAGAAGAUAUCUUGAGCCAUGAGGAAGUGAAAGAAACUGUUGUUGAAAAGAUUAAAGGCAACAGCGUGAGUGUUUUGCAGACAAGGAUCGAGGGAGGUGCCAAGGCUGUUUCUACAAGCGGGGACUUAGUUCUGCAGCGUGUUAGAGUCAUGUAUUCCAAGGCUUACCUCUAUUUCUGGUUUGAUGUAGAUCAUGAGUGA